CUGCGACCCCUGCAAGUUAGAUUACACCGCCCACACGACUCCUCAGCCACUCCGGUUGCGUCUCCGGCUCGGAGGGUAUAAAAUACCCCGUGGUCCCCGGUUCGUCCUUAUUCUUGUCUCAACUCAUUCUCUGUGCCUAUGACGAACCGAAUGCGAAAAGGAAACCUGGCGUUGAAAUUGGCGAGAAGCUGUUUGGUUCAGCUGAACUGGCUGUUCAUUUGUACCUACCUCUUAUGCGGCCUGUUUCCCGCUGCACAGGCCGAGUACCUGAACCAUACCGACUAUCACCCGUCAGUGCGUGUUAGCUACCUUGACAGUGGCAAAUUUCGGCAGUUCGACUUCACUGGGAAUCGAGAUCAGUGGGGGCCUUUGACCGAGCACGCUAGCACACGUCACCAUGAGACCAACCCACCGACCAUCCGGAGUGAUCGCAGGGAGUCCUGGCGCGCUCUGGAAGGGGACAGCCCUCAACGAAGACUGGCGGAGCGGGUGACACCUAGUGGGCGUCGUGACGUAAGCGGUGAUACGUCCACCGAACGUCGGUUCGUCCGAGAUUCAAACCUGAUCAGGGACGCUAACUCUCGUUCCAACUUCAGGACCGACCGCCAGAGCGCGCGCGCAGUGCGGCUAGAAGAGCAACGGCAAAAAGUAAAUACCAGGGCUCGGAUUAAUCAAGGACGACUCUUGCAAGAACAGAUUCGCUCAGAUGAACGAAUUCAGGACGGGAAUCGACGAAGGACGUCGUCCCAAAGAGCUGCCGUUGAAAACCGACGGAGGGUCCAAAGUGACUCUCCCGCCCCCCGAAUCUCCUCGACGGAAAGGUUUGUGGAUCGACGAGAGCCAAGUCGAAAUACAGAGUCAUUUAACCGACUGCGGCAGUUCCGUGAACGAGCAUUUUCCGAAAGCAGACAGCCUAGUUCCUUCAGGAACCGGGCUGACGGAAUUUUGCACGAAGCUCGAAUUGCAACCAGGCAGAACUUAGUUGCAGCUCGACUUGUAGAAUCCUCAAUUCGAUCUGAUGAGAGGAGAGUUUCUACCGUGGUCUCUAGAGAAAGGGCUUCUUCCGAUCGCAGUGAAAGACGAGCUCUGGAUAGAGAGGCUAGGAGGAUCUCCCAUCGUAGAGAGAGCGCCUUCUUUGAUCGGGCUACUUCGCAACGAAUGGAUUCCCGUGGAGAGGUCUCUAAUCUUCGCGAGGGGGCUCGUGUUAAUGAGCGAGAGCGGCGAUUUGUCGAACGUGAAAUCGAGAAACGAGAAGUAUCAGUUCGUCGAGAGAGGAAUUUAAACGACAGGACCGAUCGAAGACGGUUCGACGAACGGAGAGAAUCAUCUGUUCGUCGAGAAAUUCAUGAACGAAUUUCGACCGACCGCUCCACUCGAGGAGAACUCGAUGAAAGGAGGGAUUUAUCAACUCGUGAAAUGUCUCGUUCAGCUCGAGGAUGGAUCGAUAAUCGAGGUGAAUCGUCCGCUCGUCGAGGUAAAAUUUCGACCCAUCGAUCAACUCGAGUAGGGAUCGAUAGACAAAUAGAAUCAUCUAGCCGAGAAAUGUCUCGUUCGGCAAAAAGAGAGCUUGAUGCACGGAGAGAACUAUCAACUCGAGAGAUACCUAGUUCAGCUCGAAGAGAGCUCGAUAAUCGAAGAGAAUUAUCUGCUCGUCGGGAGAGAAUUUCGACUGAUCGAUCAACUCAAAGAGAGAUCAAUGACCGACAAGAAUCUUCCAUUCGACGAGAAAGACUUUCGACUGAUCGGUCAACUCGAGUAGAACACAAUAGGCACAGAAGAUCAUCAAACCGGGAGAUAUCUCGUUCGACUCGUAGAAAGGUUGAUGAACGGAGAGAGUAUUCAGGCCGUCAAUCUCGAGAGACGGAUCGAUUAAUGCGAAGAGAGGCACGCAACCACAGAGAUGCACCCGUUCUUCGAGAAGCAUGUUUAAGUGAUCAAUCCGAUCGAGCAGGGUUUGACCAGAGACAAGAAAACACAGCUCAUCAUGGGAGAAUUUUAACGGACCGAUCCAACCUGAAAGAGUUCGCUAGACAAAUCAGUGACGACACGGACAACGCGUCCACUCGAAAAUGGAGAAGUCUCUCAAGUAAUGACAUUCGCAGGACAGUUCUUGCGGAUGAUAAUUUAAGACAGGAUCGUGCAGUUGAUCGCCGCCAUGUUACACGUGACGGUCAGUCUCGUGUUCAAAGGCUGGGAAGUCGGCGUGAAAACUUUAAGGAGAACGAGGGUCCCACUCGGGCUAUUCGAGUAACGAACUCUGGAAGAAGGGAUGAUUUUGAAGAGGAGACCACGCGUCAGUCUUUCGGAAAAGUUUUCGUGGACCGUAUGACCGAUUCACGACUAUCUGACCGACGAGUUGCUGAGCGUAGAGAUGUUAGGGACGUUGUCGACUCUGUGAAGUUAGCGAAUCGUCGAGUAGACAUCCGGGAUGAUGUCAACUCUCGCCGAGAGAUGUUGUCCUCUAAAUUUGCUCCAAGUAGGAGGAUUUUGGACGACCAGCUCUCUCAGACAAACACUCGGCGAGACAGUAGAAUGAACGGCGGGUACGCUAGUCGCAUCAUCGAAAAACGAGAACUCAGGGAGGCUCGUAUCUCUGUUCGUCGGGAGAGUGACACUCCUAACCGAGCCAACGAUUGGGAGAGCAGGCGUUCCGAAGAGAUCCCCUACAAAAAUACGAUUCGUCAAUUUGAGCGAAGAGAACUUUCACGUGAAGGAAUGAGCUUUGACAAAGUAACACGUAAUCCAAGUCCCAGCCGGGAAACUUUCCGAGCUGACCGCACCGACUCAGAAAUCCUCGCUCGACGCGAAUCCGUCAUGGAAAGGCGAGAAUCUAAUAUGAGAAUUGCCGAAAGACGAAGGUCGUUGGAUGAUUCUGCACUCGCCCGCGAAGGGCGAACUUCCCUGAGGAGAUUGAAUGAGCGAAGUGCUUCAGAAAGACGCGACUCAGUGAUGAAAAUACGGGCAACGAUGACAACCUCUGGCAGGCAGAAUUUCCGAACGAGGCGCGUUUCAUCCGUUAUAGUGGAAUCAGAGCGAUCGAUGGACACACGCCGGCGAAUGCAUGUGCUUCGUCUAGGCAGCAGUAUGUCCUUUGGCAGGCGGAUGGUUGCUCGUGAUACCACCGAUAGGAUCCGGAGAAUUGAACCUUCUGAAAGGAGAGAAAUAGUUCGUGAGGCUUCUGAAAGGUUACGCAGAAGUGAUCCCUCUGAAAGGAGAGAGAUAGCUCGUGAGGCUUCUGAAAGGUUGCGCAGAAGUGAACCCUCUGAAAGGAGAGAGAUAGCUCGUGGGGCUCCUGAAAGGUUACGCAGAAGUGAGCUCUCUGAAAGGAGAGAGAUAGCUCGUGGGGCUCCUGAAAGGUUACGCAGAAGUGAGCUCUCUGAAAGGAGAGAGAUAGCUCGUGAGGCUUCUCAAAGGUUGCGCAGAAGUGAGCCCUCUGAAAGGAGAGAAAUAGCUCGUGAAUCCUCUAGAAGGGGGCGAGAAAGUGAGCCAUCUGAAAGGAGAGAAAUAGUUCGUGAAUCUUCUGCAAGAAUGCGCCGAAGUGAACCCUCUUACCGAGGUGAGGUAAUUCGUGACGGUGCAGUGCGCAGAAGUGAGCCCUCUGAAAGGAGAGAGCUAGCUCGCGAGGCCGUAGAGCGGGUACAGAGAGUUGAUUCCUCACGAAGGAGAGAGAUAGCUCGUGAGGCUUCUGAAAAAAUGCGCAGAAGUAAACCCUCUGAAAGGAGAGAGAUUGCUCGUGAAUCUUCUGAAAAUGCCCGCGGAAAUGAUCUUACUCAAAGGAGAAAGGUAGCUCGCAAGGCUUCUGAGUCGAUGCGCCGAAGUGAGUCUUCAGAGAGAAGAGGAAUGUCUCGUGCAUCCGAAAAAUUGCGCAGAAAUGAGUCCUACCAAAGGCGAGAGGUCGCUCAUGAGGCUCCCGGAAGUUCUCUGGGGCACCAACGGCUACGAGUUAUAAGGUCAGAGCAUCUAGUGCGGCUCACAAGUCGAAUUACUAUGUCCCCCAAUCGGGAGAGGAUGAGUGGAUCGGAACGCAAUCGCAGUCAAAGGCGAGAAGUUUCUCGAGCAAAUGAGCGUCUCGAAACGGCACGAGGCAGUGCGGUGACCUUAAUUAGGAACCGCGACGCUAGGAGCACAAAAGUCACACCGAUUCGAGAGUCACAAACAUCCCGAGACUUCACUCCGACGAAGAGGACGGAGAUUAAUUCGAAACUCGCACAACUUCCCUAUCGGCUCAGCAUGAGCCGAAGAGAAAAGGCGUUCUCGGAAAAAUCAAAGGAUGAAGCCUCACGUCGCUCCUCAUUCGUCCUUGAUUCCGGCCGAGUCUCACGUCAAUAUUUGGCACCUGUUAACACGGAAAAAUACUUAACCGAAUCGGCCGCGCGUGAAGAGGUGGCUUCGCGCCGGGAUCGUGGGAACCGGGAGAAACGUGCUCAGUUACCCGUGAGAGAGGACUUAAGGCGGGGGCCAGGAUUACCCGCUUCUCGGAACUCUGACGUCGCGAGUUAUGACUCGAGGGUGCGAAGACAAGAGGGAAGGGAUUUCAGUGGGGUUUCCUUGUCCGGCAGGAGGCUGAGUCAACGAUUCGAGAAUCUCUUCGUCAAGGAAUCGAAGCAUGAUUUGAUGUCCGGAAUAAUGACAAGCAUCGGAGGAACCGUCUCAUUUGGCGUUGAGUUGGCAGCGAGUCCGGUCAAGAUGCUGUCAAAGAGUCUUGGCUUGUACGUUGCCGAUAAUUCGGCGCAUUUGGUAUCCUGCGUCAGCUGGCUCGUGACUCUGGCUCUCGUUGCAGUCACUAUUUUGGACCAGAAAACACUAGCAAAUAUCGGCUCAAAUUUACAGAAUCACUUACGUUUCGGGAUGUUUGCGGGAAUACGCCAAUUCGCAGCUUGCUUCCCAGGGAAUGGUUCUGGCUGGUCUCAAGCUUAACUAAUAUAUAUGUAUAUUUUUCUAUGUUGUUAGGUCUAAGAUUUUAUGUUGAUUCAUUUUCAAAUUAUAUGCAUUGUUUAAACAUUUUAAAACUUCACGAUGACAGACCAAGAAUUCUGCCUGUUUUAAAACCAGAUAAAUUAUUUUAAAUUGAUUUGUUGUGCUAACAUACAUAAAGUUAAUGUAGCUUUA